AUGAGCGUGCGCAAGGCUCACAACAACGGUCGUAAUCAUCUGCGCAACGUCGUCGAGUACUAUCAGCAGAUUGGCCACGAGAAGGCCCAGAGCGUCAUCGACUCCAUCACCUCUUCUUACGCCGCUGAGGGUCAAGCGAACCCUAUGCUUCAGCACGCUGCUCUAGGCGGCCCCGGUGGCUUCGGUCCUCCCCCGCCCUUCGGCUUCCCUGGCGGCAUGCCUCCACCUCCAUUCGGCAUGCCAGGCGCCCCAGGAGCACGUAAGUCUCACGACCAACACUACUAUCACCACCAUGAUCAGAACCAUCACCACUACAACCACAACCAAGACAAUCGUCGCGGCGACUACCAUCGCUACGGCUCCUCAAACACCACUUCUAACCGCUCGCACAACACGACAGCCCCCGGCGGUCGCGGCAUGCCUCCGAACAUGCCCCCGAACUUCGCCAUACCGCCCCCUGGAGCUCCCGGUGCCCCUCCGCCAGGCGCGCCCGGCUCUCUUCCUUUCCCGCCGCCCUUCCCCCCGACCGCAGCUGGUGGCGCCGCGCCGCCUGGCUCCUCCGGCUCGCCGCCGGCCGGCCUGCCUUUCCCGCCGCCUGGUAUGCCCCCGCCGGGCAUGCCGCCGAACUUCUCGUUCCCGCCCGGCGGCAUCCCACCUGCUGCGUCGGGUGCUAGCCCCGUGCCGCCGCCCGGCGCGUUCCAGCCGCCCCCUGGUAUGGCGCCGCCUCCCGGAGCUGGUGGCCCGCCUGGUGUUUGA